UUCAAGAAGCUGUAAGACGUAACUGGGUUUUAUCUUUGUUGUUGUUUUUUUAUAAAUAUUGUAGCGUUUUCUGCUACCUGACUUCAUAAAAUGUUACCUUUUAAGAGUAAUUCCUAGAGAGAAAGCAAAAACCAUACAGCUUUCCAUGCUCUAAGUAUUGCUUUGAUGCUCCAGGAAGACCAGGUGUAAGCAACUGAGGACGACGCUUCUUGCUGUCAGAACAUGGAGAACAACGUAACUACUAUCUCUCGAGAAGAGCUUGACGAACUAAGAGAAGCAUUCGAUAAGAUAGAUAUUGACAACAGUGGAUAUGUCAGUGAUUAUGAGCUUCAAGAUCUGUUUAAAGAAGCAAGUCUACCCUUGCCUGGUUACAAAGUACGGGAGAUAGUAGAAAAAAUCAUUGCAGUAACAGACAGCAACAAAGACGGGAGAAUCAACUUUGAAGAAUUUGUCUCUAUAAUUCAGGAAUUGAAAAGUAAAGAUGUUAGCAAAACUUACCGAAAAUCAAUAAACAAAAAGCUGGGUAUUACAGCACUUGGAGGAACAUCCUCAAUAUCUACUGAGGGGACACAGCACUCUUAUUCAGAGGAAGAAAAAGUUGCUUUUGUUAAUUGGAUAAAUAAAGCUCUACAAGAUGACCCAGACUGUAAACACCUCCUUCCCAUGAACCCAUCAGAUGCCAGUCUUUUUAAAUGCCUUGCAGAUGGCAUCCUCCUUUGCAAAAUGAUUAACUUUUCACAACCAGAUACAAUUGAUGAAAGGGCUAUUAAUAAGAAGAAACUCACUCCUUUCACUAUAUCUGAAAACCUAAACUUGGCUCUGAACUCAGCAUCUGCUAUUGGCUGUACGGUUGUCAAUAUCGGAUCACAAGAUUUACAAGAAGGAAAACCUCACUUGGUAUUAGGGCUCUUGUGGCAGAUCAUAAAAGCUGGUCUUUUUGCUGAUAUUGAGAUCUCCAGAAAUGAAGCUCUAAUCGCUUUGCUAAAUGAAGGGGAAGAACUAGAUCAGUUACUGAAGCUUUCACCAGAAGAGCUCUUGCUGCGCUGGGUAAACUACCAUCUGACCAAUGCAGGGUGGCAGAAAAUCAGUAAUUUCAGCCAAGACAUCAAGGAUUCAAGAGCGUACUACCACCUGUUAAAUCAGAUUGCACCCAAAGGAGAUGGCCCUGAUGAAAUACCUGUUAAAAUUGACUUCUCAGGGUUUCAUGAGAAAAAUGACCUGAAGAGGGCUGAAUACAUGCUCCAACAGGCAGACAAAUUGGGCUGCAGGCAGUUUGUAACUCCAGCAGAUGUGGUUGCAGGCAACCCUAAACUCAAUUUGGCUUUUGUUGCAAAUCUCUUUAACACACAUCCAGCCCUACACAAGCCUGACAAUUCAUCUUAUGAUCUCAAUUUAUUAGAAGGAGAAAGUAAUGAAGAAAGGACUUUCAGAAACUGGAUGAAUUCACUGGGUGUAAGCCCAUAUGUUAACCAUUUAUACAGUGACCUCUCUGAUGCUUUAAUCAUUUUCCAAUUGUAUGAGAUGACUCGUGUGCCAGUUGACUGGAGCCAUGUCAACAAACGUCCUUAUCCUCUGCUUGGUGGUAAUAUGAAAAAGAUUGAGAAUUGCAAUUAUGCUGUAGAACUUGGGAAGACAAAAGCAAAAUUCUCUCUGGUUGGUAUUGCUGGACAUGAUCUAAAUGAGGGCAAUCCUACUCUGACUUUGGCUUUGAUAUGGCAGCUGAUGAGAAGGUAUACUUUGAAUGUAUUAUCAGACCUUGGAGAGGGGGAAAAAGUAAAUGAUGAAAUUAUUAUUAACUGGGUGAAUCAGACACUUUCAAAUGCAAAUAAGAAAACUUCAAUUACCAGUUUCAAGGACAAAUCAAUUAGCACUAGUUUACCUGUCCUAGAUUUAAUAGAUGCCAUUGCACCAAAAGCAAUUCGCCCAGAAAUGGUCAAGAGAGAAGAUCUUUCUUAUCAAGACAAAUUGAAUAAUGCCAAGUAUGCCAUUUCAGUUGCUCGCAAAAUUGGUGCUCGUAUAUAUGCUCUCCCAGAUGAUCUGGUCGAAGUGAAGCCAAAAAUGGUGAUGACAGUGUUUGCAUGUUUGAUGGGAAGAGGACUGAACAAAAUAAAAUAAUGAAGAGAUUUAAUAUCACUUUCUGCCAUGUUAAGGACGAUGAGAUGACGAAUGCCUCACAGCUUACAGAAUUCUGAAGCUGAACAGAAUAAAAUGAGAAAAUGUUUGCACAAAUAUUCUCGUUAAUUACAUCCAAAUGUGUUUAUAUAAAGAUUUCAUUCAAUUUCAUAAAACAUUGAUUAUUUAUGGGUACUAUUGUUUCCAGAACAUGUUCUUUACCAAAUUAACAUAAUUAAUUUGUAUUGCUUGAAAAAACAAAAACAACAACAAAAAAACAACCUUAUCAAUCAAGUUUCAUUUGUAUUAGCUUCCAUAGCAUGUAACAAUCUGUAUUACUUUACAUAUAUUAUUUCAGGACCAAUUGUGAAACAUCAUUUGAUUUUUGUGGGUGUUAACUACAUGUAGUCAUAGCUAUAUCAAGGUGCAUUCCUAUCCCUGUUAUAUCAUUAUAAUAUUAUAGUAUAAUGUAUUACUGCGUAAGUUAUCAUCCUUGCCUUACUCUUUAAGAGCUUAAGUCCUGUUGAAGUCAGAGAGUCUUGUCCUUGACUUCCGUGAGAGCAAGUGAAGGCCUAUGAUAAUUUCUGGAAGCUAAUGAAUAUUCAAAAAGCUGAUAACUUUUUUUGUGAGCAUAACUUUAAAUGUGUAAUAGUUUUGUUAUUGAGCAAGAACUUACGGUCUGUGUCUUGAGGGGGAAAAAACAGCAAAUAACAGUGUAAUCAUGUCAUUAUUAGAUCUGCAUAGGUUAUCUUUUGCAAUUGAACUAAAAAAAUGAUUUUUUAUUUUUCAUAAAAUACUGUAAAAGAGAACAAUAAAGGUCUAGCUGUUCCAGUUUUGGGGUUCAUUGAUGUAUUGCAUUUCCUUAUAGAUUGGGAAAAAAAAUAAAAAUCAAAAGGAACAAAGUAUAUAGCACAUGUAGAGGUUUUGUAUAGAAGGACUGGUACGUUGUCUACAUGAGGGAAGACGUAAUUAUUUUCAUAUUGUUUUUCAAAGCAAGUACUUGUAACUUUCUCUGCAGCCAUAAAUUUUCACCUAAGAUUCAAGAGCUAGAUAUGUAAUAAAACAACACUAAGGAAGCCAAACAGUAAGGCAGACAGAAAACUAAAAAAUUGACUUUUCGUUUUAAGGCGUGAAGCCACUCCUUUUGGUUCUGCUCCUUAAAAUGGUCACUAAGGUGUGGCAAAACCCAGGGAUGAUGAUGAGUGGCCAGUCAUACUAAGCUUCAGUAUUUGGCCCAACCUAUUAACAGUGAAUUUGAUGCAUCAAUUUGGUUUUCCCUUGUGUAAGAGAAUACUAGGAGCUUUAGAGGAUUAGUUACUUGGAUUUAGAACCAUUUGUCUCUGUUUACUGGUUUGUACUGCCUGGACAAUAAUAAAUUAGCAAUAUUAGCA